AUGACGAUCGUCUAUCGUAUCGUAGCAUUAAUUCUUUUUUCUCUGGUCUAUAUUGUUGGUCUUAUUGGAAAUGGUCUUUUAAUGUUUAUUGUAUUUCGUCAAAAAAAUUUACAUACAGUACCAAAUUUACUUGUUGUUAGUUUGGCCCUCGGAGACUUUUUGUUUGUUCUUUUUUGUGUUCCAUUUGGUGCCGUCGCUUAUUCCCUUAAUUAUUAUCCAUUUUCAACAUUUUAUUGUCGUUUUGAAAAUUUUAUUAUUAAUCUUUCUCUUGGUGUAUCUGUAUUUUCAUUAUUAGCAUUAAGUGCUGAUCGUUAUAAAAUAAUAGCUAAACCAUUUUCAAGUCAUGCAAAUGAUUCAUCAAUUAAACUAAAGUUAGUUGUUAUAGUUAUUUGGUUAUUAUCAGCAUGCCUUGCUCUACCUGAAACGAUCUAUAGUGGCCUUAUAAUGGAAACAAUACAACAAUCAAGUAAUAAAACAAUUCAAUUAAUUUACUGUUGGAGUCCAAAUGAAAAUGUAUUACUUGUUAAUCAUACAUUUAUGAUUACUCGUCAAAUCUUGCGUUUAAUCAUUUAUUAUUUAAUGCCACUUGUAUUUAUUUCAAUAUUUUAUUCUCUUAUUGCUAAAAAAUUAUUUCAAAAGAAAGAUGCUUUUUAUUCUUCAAAUUUUUCUUUACGUUUAUCUCAAAAUAAUUCAAUACAUGAAGACAACCGUUUACUUAGUGUUAAAGUAAAUAAUAAUAUCCGACCUAUUUCAGAAAGUUUGUCUAAUUAUCAAACAAAAAAUACCAUAAAUCAAGAUAUAAGAAGGACAAAACAAUUACGAACAAGACAUAAAGUUGCUAAAACUGUUCUAUUUUUAUGUCUGGUCUUUUUUAUAUGUUGGUUACCAAAACAACUACAUGAUUUAUAUUGGUUUAUUGGUGUACUUGUCUAUUCAUCAGGGUGGAAUCAUUUUUGGCAAAUAAAUAAAACAAUUGCUUUAAUUUUAACUAAUAUUUAUUCAUGUAUUAAUCCAUUUGCACUUUAUUUUCUUUCCUCAACAUUCCGUCAUUUUUAUAAACGUUAUUUAUGUUUUUGGUCAAAUAAAACAUGUUGCUCUCAACGACGUUCAAUUAAAUAUACACAACGACGUCGUACACAAGAAUUAAUAACAAAUAGUGAUUAUAAACGACGUUCAUCUGUUAAUAAUACCACCAUGACAGUUUAUUAUGAAUUAAAUCGAAUUAAAACUUCAAAUUGCUCUCCACAAUUAAGACCUUGA